CAUACAUACGACAUCAUACUUUGAAUGUCACAACAUUCGAGAAACACAAGAAAAAAAACUACGAAUCUGCACGUAGAGAAUAUACAGCAAUCAAUUAUUUGAUGUACUAUUUUGGAAUAUUGACGAGACGAGACGAGAGAAAGAGAGAAUUGAGUGCAAGCGUACUGAAAAGAGUUAGUGAAGAAAAAUAAAAUAAAAAAAGAAAGGAAAAUAAGCGAAACAGAAGAAACGAGAUUUGGUUAUACUUCAGUGAAUAAAAUUUUAAGUGUAAAACGCAUCACGGGACUGUGUAUUUUUUCUUUUGCUUCUUCUUCUUCUUUUCGUCUAAAAAUCAAUUCGCGGGGACAGAAAUGGAAAAAAAAACAACAACAGCUCUGAUUGUAUGUUGUUGUGGCGAAAAAUAAUCAACCAUUCCUGCAUCUUUCUCCUCGAAACCGUUUCUGUCUCAUUGUUUUCGCGCACCAAUUCCCGUGUGGUGCUCAUAAAAACACAGACAAACAUACAAUGUGAACAAUCAAAUUUGUGCGGAAUAUACAUAUAGAAUUCAAAAUAAACAACAACAGCAUCAAAUUCAAGGCACCAAAGGCACGUAGCUGUCAUUUGUUUUCUAUAUCGUUAUACCAAUGAAAAAAGAAAGAAAGAAUUUGCGAUUUGUGCGAAAUAUGUAAAUACGCAUAUAAAAUACUUUAAAGUGUAUGUAAUUGGUUCAGUGUUCUUAUUUUCUGUCGGAUGCUCGGGAUUUUUUUAAGCUUUACGCUUCGAUUGAGUAUACCUAACUGCAGCAGAACAGUUUAUUUAUGGUUCGUUUUGAAACUUUACGAACAAAGGUUCUCAACCACAAUCCAAAGCUAAAAACGAUGUCUACGGCCGAUUCGAAGGCAGCUGCCAUUAUUCCGGAUAAAUAUCGCGAUCAAGGGCUGUUCCGAGCCAAGGUAUUGAUUGGGCUUCCAUUCCGUGAGGCAGCACUUCGUAUUGUGAACAUUUUGAUUUCACUUUCAUUCCCUGGCGACGAUAAAGAGAAUGCCGGUAGCAAAUCACAAGUCAUGCACUACGAACGUUUCGUCAGUGAAUAUGGCGGUGAGACGUUGCAUUUCCCAAAGAAAAAUCCAAUACCUGAAUACUAUGAGCUCACGUUCGCUGGUAAUUCGGAUGACACAUUUCGUUUGGGUGUGACGUUCACUCGAAAAUCCAUCAAAUUGUGUUCGGAAUUUUAUUCAUCGGACAUUAUAAUCGUUUCACCGCUUGGAUUGCGAAUGAUUGUCGGUGCGUCCGGUGACAAAGAGCGAGACUAUGAUUUUUUGGUAUCGAUUGAAAUACUGAUUUUGGAUCAAGCCGAUUUAUUUUUAGCACAAAAUUGGGACCAUUUGUUACACGUACUGGAUCAUUUGCACUUACAACCGCAAUCUGCUCGAAACACAGGCUUUUCCCGGAUGCGGCCAUGGUGCUUAAAUGGAUGGUCCCGUUUCUAUUGUCAAACAUUGCUGUUCAAUUAACGCUGCUCCAACUAUCGUGGCAAAGUACGACUGAUGAGUCCCAUCGAAAAUGGAUCAAUCAAACACAUUGAGGUGCCAAUUCCACAGAUGUUCCAUCGCAUCGAUAUAUCGUCAAUUCAAUCGUCAUCCGAUCAACGGUUCGAAUAUUUCAUAAACAAUAUAUUGCCACAAUUUAAGGCAGCUUCAAAGACCCACUGUUUCUUCAUUCCGAGUUACUUCCAUUUUGUCCGCAUUCGCAACUACUUCAAAAAGGAAACAAUGAAUUUCACACAAAUUUGCGAAAAUACAAAGGAUGGAAAGAUUGAUCGAGCUAGAUAGAUGUUUUUCCACAGUGGAGCUCAUUUUAUGCUGUAUUCAGAGCGUGCUCACUUUUUCCGACGAACACGCAUCAAGCGGAUUCGUCAUUUGAUCAUGUAUCAACCACCAACUUGGCCACACUUUUACUUAGAAAUGAUCGAUCUGAUGCAAGAGGCCAACCAGAAUGCAAGUGACGGUAUCGAAAAUUCGAUGAGCGUCACCGUCUUAUAAACAAAAUACGAUAUGCUUCAAAUUGCUUCGAUCGUUGGCUCCACACAAGUCAACGAAAUAGCUCAAUCAAGCAAAUCAAUGCACAAAUUAUUAAGCGAAAAAUUGUUAGAAGUCUUUUUUAAAAUGCAAAAUAAACAUCAUCGAAUACUCGAAUUCUUGUCCACUUCAAUUACUUCGAACACUCCUUUCACCUUUUGCGACUUCUGCGGUAAGUGAAUUGAACCCGAAUGAUGACAUCAUUGCAUUAAAAUGUAAAAUAAAUUCAUGCACCGUUAUAUAUUUUCAUUUUUAUUAAUCCAUCGUUUAACGUUCAAUAAAACAAAUAUGAUAAAUGGCUUGA